AUGUCUCAUCAAAACAUGAACAGUUCAAGAUUUCAAAAUUCCUAUGUUAUUGGUGUAAUUUCUAUAGUUCUGAUACUGGGAUCAGUAGUAGAAUGCGGAACACCAAGUAGUAAAUUGAACGAUUUUGAUUACCAUGCAAUCAAUUGCAGAAAACACAGUGCAGUUUUGACAGAUUUUGGUGGUGUUGGUGAUGGAAAAACCUCUAACACAAAGGCUUUUAAAUCUGCAAUAGCUAACCUAAGCCAAUAUUCAAAUGAUGGUGGUGCACAACUUAUUGUUCCACCAGGUAAAUGGCUCACCGGAAGCUUCAACCUCACAAGCCAUUUCACACUUUUUCUCCAAAAAGACGCUGUCAUUCUUGCAUCUCAGGAUGAAUCAGAAUGGCCUCAACUUCCUGUUUUACCUUCUUAUGGAAGAGGUAGAGAUGCACCUGAUGGAAGGUUUAGCAGUCUCAUUUUUGGAAAUAAUCUCACUGAUCUUGUAAUUACCGGUAACAACGGAACAAUUGAUGGACAAGGAUCUUAUUGGUGGAGCAAGUUCAAGAAGGAUCAACUGAAACUCACUAGACCAUACAUGAUUGAACUCAUGUACUCAAAACAAAUCCAAAUAUCUAAUCUCACUUUGGUCAAUUCCCCAUCUUGGUUUGUUCAUCCAAUUUACAGCAGUGACAUAAUUAUAAGUGGACUUACCAUUAUUGCACCUGUUGACUCUCCAAACACAGAUGGCAUAGACCCUGAUUCAUGUACAAAUGUUAGGAUUGAAGACAACUACAUUGUCUCUGGUGAUGAUUGCGUUGCCAUAAAAAGUGGAUGGGAUCAGUAUGGGAUCAAAGUUGGAAAGCCGUCUCAACAAAUAGUCAUAAGAAGGCUAACAUGUAUAUCACCUGAUAGUGCUACUGUCGCGUUAGGGAGUGAAAUGUCAGGUGGAAUCCAAGACGUUAGAAUCGAAGACAUAACCGCAAUCACAACAGAAUCAGGCAUUAGAAUCAAAACAGCUGUCGGUAGAGGCGGAUUCGUGAAGGAUAUUUUUGUCAAAGGAAUGAAGUUGGACACAAUAAAAUAUGUGUUUUGGAUGAUAGGCUCUUAUGGAUCACAUGCAGACAAAGGAUAUGACCCAAAAGCAUUGCCUGAAAUUAAAGGAAUUAAUUAUAGAGAUGUUACUGCUAAGAAUGUGACAUUUGCUGCAAAACUUGAAGGGAUUUCUAAUGACCCUUUUACAGAAAUAUGUAUUUCUAAUGCAAUUAUUGAAGUGAAUGAAGUGAAGAAGAAGAAGCUUCCAUGGAAUUGCACUGAUGUUUCUGGAGUUACAAGUAAUGUGAGCCCUAAACCUUGUGAAUUACUGCCAGAGAAAGAGAAGUUGGACUGUCCUUUUCCAAGUGACAAAUUGCCCAUUGAGAGUGUUCAGUUUAAGACUUGUUCUUUCAAAAGUAGUAGCUUCUACUAA